UCAAUAACAGUAGGUGAGCAGUAGUGCAGUUUACAUCGCAUCCUUUGUGUUAUCUGUCAUCUAAAAGAAACGCUGUCCUGUCUGUCAAAGUUGAACAGGGCACCUUCUUCUUCUUCUCUCUCCCAAUCAACAUAGACAACCAGAUAUUUAUACAUUAACAGCUAUUAUCAAAAUACUCUCACAAAAUAAAAAUUAAAAUUAAAAAUAAAAAAGUGAGCUUAGACUUUAACAAGAAAUUGAUCGAUCAAUCAAUUUCUGCUUCUGUUGUUGAGCAAAAAUGAGGGAAGUGAUCAACAUUCACAUUGGUCAAGCUGGAAUUCAAGUGGGAAAUUCUUGUUGGGAGCUUUUUUGCCUUGAACAUGGAAUUCAGCAAGAUGGCAUGAUGCCCAGUGACACGUCUGUAGGUGUUGAAAGUGAUUCGUUUAAUACCUUCUUCAACGAGACUAGCUCUGGAAAGCAUGUGCCUAGAGCUGUGUUUAUCGAUUUGGAACCAACUGUGAUCGAUGAAAUACGGACAGGGCCAUAUAGGCAACUUUUCCAUCCAGAACAGCUCCUCACAGGGAAAGAAGAUGCUGCCAACAACUUUGCUCGUGGACAUUAUACAGUUGGAAAGGAUAUGGUUGAUUUGUGCCUUGACCGGAUAAGGAAAUUGGCCGACAGUUGCACUGGGUUGCAAGGCUUCUUGGUAUUUAAUGCUGUUGGUGGGGGCACAGGUUCUGGUUUUGGGUCAUUGCUUCUAGAGCGCUUGUCUGUAGAGUAUGGGAAAAAGUCAAAACUGGCAUUUUCAAUUUACCCUUCUCCUCAGGUAUCAACAGCAGUUGUCGAACCUUACAACAGUGUCCUCGCCACUCAUUCUCUCCUGGAGCACACUGAUGUUGCCGUGCUUUUAGACAAUGAAGCAAUCUAUGAUAUAUGCAAGAAAUCCCUAAGCAUUGAGAGGCCUACAUAUACCAAUUUGAACCGUUUAAUAUCCCAAGUAGUAUCUUCAUUAACAACUUCUUUAAGGUUUGAUGGAGCCAUUAAUGUGGAUAUUACAGAGUUCCAAACUAACCUUGUUCCAUAUCCUCGAAUUCACUUCAUGUUAUCAUCCUAUGCCCCUGUUAUAUCUGCUGAAAAGGCUUACCAUGAGCAGCUUUCAGUACCUGAGAUCACAACGGCUGUAUUUGAGCCUUCAAGCAUGAUGGCUAAGUGUGACCCAAGACACGGAAAGUACAUGGCUGCCUGUUUGAUGUACCGUGGUGAUGUUGUUCCCAAAGACGUCAAUUCUGCUGUUGGCACUAUCAAGAGCAAGAGAACAGUUCAAUUUGUUGAUUGGUGCCCUACUGGUUUCAAGUGUGGAAUCAACUACGAACCACCAACAGUAGUACCGGGUGGUGAUCUUGCCAAGGUGCAGCGUGCAGUCUGCAUGAUCAGCAACAAUACUGCAGUGGCAGAAGUUUUCUCCAGAAUUGACCAUAAAUUUGACCUUAUGUAUGCCAAGAGAGCAUUUGUGCACUGGUAUGUUGGCGAAGGUAUGGAAGAAGGUGAGUUUUCAGAAGCUCGAGAGGACCUAGCAGCUCUUGAGAAAGACUAUGAGGAGGUUGGGGCUGAGGGCAGUAAUGAAGAGGAGGAAGAAGAGUACUAAGGUGGUGGCAUCACAAUCACAGGGUCAAUGUUAGCAAUUUCAUCUCUGGUUUCUAGUACCCUUUUUUGCAGUAUAUUUAUUGUAAUUUUUUUCUGGUGGAUAAUUGAUUUUCGAGUGAAAUUCCUGUGUAAAUUUAUCAUUCAAGUGGCAUCGAUCUGCUAUAUACGUUGUUGUUUAGGGACUGGGAUUUUGAAAAAUGUACAUCCUUUCCACAUUGUGUAAAAAUCUAAAAUUAUAGCCUGAUGUCCAAUUUCUACUUCUUUUUCUUUUU